AGGAAGAGAAACCCUAGUCUGACGCUCUCACUCCCCACUCUCCAGUCCCAGCUCCUCCUCACUCCCGGUUCCCCAACCCAGUAGAGGGCCCACGACCGAGGGCCGCAAUGGCCGGCUGCAGCAGCACCCGCCGCCGCUGCCGGCCCUCCUCGCCGUCGUCGGCACGGACGCAUCCGCUGGAAGACGACGACCUGCUCCACGAGAUCUUCCUCCGCCUCCCCCCGCAGCCGCCCCACCGCCUGCGCGCAUCCCUCGUGUCCAAGCGCUGGCGGCGCCUCGCCACCGACCCCAAGUUCCUCCGUCGACUCUGCAUCCACCACCGGAAGCCCCCUCUCCUCGGCGGCUUCUCGUAUCAAGCCGGAGAACUCUCCUUCAGAUCCACUCUUGACCCGCCCUACCGCAUCCCUCCCGAGCGCUUCUCGCUGCAACCCAGCGGGCGCUUCUCCCUGCAACCCCGCGGCCGCCAGAUAUGGGUGUGCCUCGACUGCCGCCACGGACGCCUACUCUUCGACGACCGGAGCCAGAGUCGGGUCAUUGUGUGGGACCCUGUCACUGACAACCUCCGCGUCGUACCCUAUCCGCAGCAGUUUCACGACCACGGGAUUACGCAAAUCCACACUGGGACGGUGCUCUGCGCCGCCGGAGACCAGGGCCACGUGCAUGGCGCCUGCCACUCGAGCCCUUUCAAAGUGGUCGCGCUGAGCUGCUGCGAACAUGCUGAUGAAGCCACCGCCAAAGUCGCCUUCGCAAGUGUUUACUCCUCCGAGACUGGCAUAUGGAGCCAUCUCAUCUCAACAACGCUUCCUGGCACUAGUAUUUUUUUCUUGAGUGGGCGCAGCACGUUUAUUGGCAACACCCUUUACUGUCUGCUUAUAAUGAGCCCUAUAGACAACACCUGCAUCCUUGAGUUUGAUUUGGAUGCACAAAGGCUAGAUGUGAUCAAGAGGCCUCCUGGUGCUCCUCGCCAGGACAAUGUUCUGAUCAUCCAGGCAGAGGAUGGCGGUCUUGGCUUCGCUGCUUUGAUCACCCCCAUCUAUCACCCCUGCUUGCAAAUGUGGGACAGGCAGGUCGAUUCUCGUGGAGUUGCCACAUGGGUGUUGCGGAAGACUCUUGAACUGCACAAGAUUCUUGGAUUGGAGUCUUGGAUUGGCAUGCACAAAGCAUUUAUAAUGCACUAUUUGCAAGAUGUUCAGGCAAUCUUUUUGCGGGUGGAGUCAUCUGUCUACAUGCUUCAGCUUGAAUCAAUGCAAUCUAAGGAACUUUUCAAAAGCAACAAUAUGUCCCGCUAUCAUCCUUUCGCAAGCUUCUAUGCUGAAGGUAUCUUGGAGUAGUUUGAAGCAGAGGUAGCUUACUGGUAUACUGCAGUAUGGAAUGCCGACUCUUGUGGAGUGACUAUGGCCAUGUACUGUAGUUGUCAACUUACUUGAGCUGUAGAACCUAUAAUGCUGUGGUGUUAUUUUCAGCUAUCCUAUAUGUAAUCGUCAACUGAAGUAUGAACUGGUUGCUUGGAUCUGUUCGGCAGUGUUGAGUAUUAGUUUUUCUAGUUGAAUUA